UUCUUAUCAAUUCUGUCCUAGUUCCAUCUUUUUUGUUAUAUAUAGGACUGUUCGCCAUAUACAUGUACUUCAAGAAGACUUGAUAUAUUAUGCUCCACUAUAACACAUCUUGAAGUCUUUCUCCAAGCAUAAUUUGACUUCAGAAAUUCAUUGAUCCAACUAAUUUUGAUCCGCCUUGCUAAAAGCCUGAACAACUCUAUUGUUCUUUUCUUUUCACGAAUUUAGCGUUAGAAAUUCACUAGCUCAAUUAAUUCAAAUCCGCGUUGUUGAAAGUCCUGAUAGAUUUAUUGUUCAAUUGCAGCAUUCAAGAUGUCCCCAAUCAACUCCAUUAAUGUGUCAAGAAUCUUCUCAAAGCUUGACAAGAAUGGUGAUGGCCUUGUGAGCCUUGAUGAGCUAAAGGGAUUUCUUGAAACCAUAGGCAUUAAUUCAAGCCAAGAAGAGCUUGAGUUGCUAGUUGGAAAAACAAGCCUAGACUCCAUUGAUUUUUUCUUCUUCUAUGAUGCUAUCACGAAAGCAAAUAUUAAAGAAAGCAAUAAGCAUGAUCAUCGCGAAAAUAUUUUCCUAGAACAUGACCUUCUGAAAGUCUUCAGAGUUUUCGAUACGAAUGGAGAUGGAUUUAUAUGUUGCGAGGAACUGCAGAGAACAUUGUCAAGAUUGGGAUUGUGGGAUGAGAAAUGUGGGAAAGAUUGCAAGAGCAUGAUCAAUGUUUAUGACAAAAAUUCAGAUGGGAAGCUUGAUUUCGAGGAGUUUAAGGAUAUGAUGUUUGCUAAUUAAGGAACUGUAACUAGAAUGAGCGAGUAAUCCCGCUUCCAAUCUACCAAAAAAAUGUGUUAGUGCUAUGCAUUUGAAAUGGUGUGUUGAUGGUUUGCUGGGGAUUUGUAGUAUUGUAAAACUUUAUUAGUAAUAUACUUUAGCUUAAUACUUAGUUUGCCUCCCGAGUUUGUACUCAAAUUCCUUUUAUACACCCUUUUAGCAUGAGAAUAGUUUUACACACCAAA